AUGGCGGCUAAAUCAAUCUGUUAUUCUUUAACAGUUCAUUCCAUGGCGAACAAGAAGCCUUCGUCUUCUGCAACAAGAACAGUAACCUCAAAGAAGAGCACUGCGAUUCCUCCGGUUAAGCUACUGACAAGAGUUGAGCAGCUCAAGCUUUUGACAAAAGCCGAAAAAGCUGGACUUUUGUCUUUAGCAGAGAAAUCAGGUUUCUCUCUAUCGACCAUCGAGCGUCUUGGAUUGCUUACUAAAGCAGAGGACUUCGGCGUUUUGUCUGCCGCUACAAACCCAGAAACGCCUGGAACGCUGUUCACUUUGAGCCUCGGUUUACUCCUUCUUGGACCGGUUUUUGUUUACUUUGUUCCUGAAGAUUACUCGUGGGAAGUGGUGGUUCAGCUCGUGGUGGCUAUUGUCUCUGUUCUUGGUGGCUCUGCUGCUUUUGCUGCUUCUGGUUUUGUCUCCAAUUUGCAGAAAUCUGAUUAA